AUGGCCGAUCGAGCAACUAGACCUUUAAAUAAAGAGUCUAGCCGACAAAGAGCAGUAGGGUAUUAUACCCCUCGAGUCUUAUUACUACCCACGGAACCCUUAACUAUUCAGCCAAAAGGACCAUUAUACUUAAGACUUUUAAGCCUUUCGAAAAGAUUAAACGAUAAGAUAUCAAGCAUCUCAUUUAACUUAAACGAGCUAUUAUACGCAAGGCUCGAUAAUAAAAUUACGGCCCGAGCAAUAAUUUCCGUGCUUAACUUUAGCAACUCGAAAAGAAAAUCUAGCAUUUUCGAACGUACCGACAAGCUCUUUAGAUCUUUCAACAAGCUACGUAUCGAUAAAAAGGAUACUAAAGGUAUAAGAAUCGUUAAGAGCGCGCUUAAAAGUACGGAUAUUAUCAAACUAAAGCCUUAG